ACGGACAAAGCAAAAAAAUAAAAAUAAUUACUCUGACCUCUCUCUCUAUCUCUCAGCUCUCUCUUCUUCAUCAUCGUAUUCAACUUGUACCGAGAUUGAUUCUAUUUCUUCCGGAUCUUACGCAACCACUCUCACCUCAGGGGAAAAAAAUGUCUGUAUGUUGUAGACUUGAAGAAGACGAAUUUGGUUAUCUUUCAUGAAGUUUUAGUAUCAUCCGUUAGUUGUGUUUAGAAAAACUGGGAACUGCUCUUUUCCUCUGUUGUCAUUGAGAAGUUUGGAGUCCCUUUUUUUCGGAAAGGGGGACGUUGCUGGUUAGCUUGAGACUUUUGGAAUUUGGUAACAGAUCAUGCCUUACUUUGCUCAGAGGCUUUACAAUACUUGCAAGUCCUCGUUCUCUUCAGACGGACCAAUAUCAGACGAGGCUCUGGAGAAGGUUCGCAAUGUCUUGGAGAAAAUCAAGCCAUCUGAUGUUGGCAUCGAGCAGGAAGCUCAAUUGGCACGGACAAGGUCUGGUCCUCUCAAUGAACGCAAUGGAGCUCUUCAGUCUCCCCCAGCGAUAAAGUAUCUUCAUUUGCAUGAGUGUGACAGUUUCUCUAUAGGAAUUUUCUGCAUGCCACCCUCUUCUAUGAUACCUCUUCAUAACCAUCCAGGCAUGACCGUUCUAAGCAAGCUCGUUUAUGGUUCAAUGCAUGUGAAGUCAUAUGAUUGGCUAGAGCCUGAACUGACUGAACCAGAUGAUCAAUUACAAGCAAGACCCGCUAAACUGGUGAAAGAUAAAGAGAUGACGGCUCCAACCCCAGCAACAACAUUAUAUCCGAAAAGUGGUGGCAACAUUCAUUGUUUCAAAGCCAUCACGCAUUGUGCUAUUCUUGACAUCUUAUCUCCACCUUACUCUUCAGAACAUGAUAGGCAUUGCACUUACUUCCGGAAAUCCAGAAGAGAAGACUUACCAGGUGAGAUAGAAGUGGAUGGGGAAGUUGUGACAGACGUGACUUGGCUUGAGGAAUUUCAACCACCUGAUGACUUUGUGAUAAGACGAGUUCCAUACAGAGGUCCUGUUAUUAGAACUUGAAUGAUAUAACAACUCUCUCUUUACUUCUUUCACAUAAAUUUGGGUGGGUUUGGAUUUUAAUUUUUUAUAUAUUAUUCCUUUUGCGAAAUAAUCUGAAAAUUUGGGGUCUUCUUUUUAUAUUGCGAAGGACGGGAUUGUACAUACCAAUUUGUGAUACGGUGUAUCAGUUUCAUUAUAUUGCAAAAUAUUUCUAAUGGUUUU